AUGCCUCGGGCACAGAAGAGUAAGCUCUGCACCGGGGAGAAGCGCCACCAAGCCCAAGGUGGGACCCAGCCUCAGAGGGGUGCUCAGGCCCCUGCGGCCACGGAACAAGCAUUCCCUUCCUCGGCCUCUCCUCCCUUUGAAGUUCGUACUCAGAGAAAUCCUGCUGCCAGGUCACGUAGCGCUCCCAAGAGGUCUCAGAGGGCCGUGUCCGCCACCACAAAGUCUGCAGGUGUUUCUCGCACAAGAUCAUACAAAGGAGCCGACUGCCAAGUUGAGAAAAAGCAAAGUUCCGUCCAGUCCCCACUCUCCAUUGUGCAGUCUCAGGGGGACCCUGUAAGCAAAACAGCGAGUGUUUUGGUACAGUUCCUGUUGCACAUGAGCAGAAUGAAAAGGCCCAUUAUGAAAGCUGAUAUGCUGAAGUUUAUCAAUAAAAAGCAUAAACAUCGCUUCGUUGAGAUCCUCAAAAGAGCCUCUUUCAGCUUGGAAGUGGUUUUUGGUGUUGACUUAAAAGAAGUCGAUCCUACCAAGCAUUCCUAUGUCCUUGUCAGCAAAAUGAACCUCCCCAACAACGGGACUAUAAACCGUGGCAGGGGGUUUCCCAAGACCGGCCUCCUGAUGAAUCUCCUGGGCGUGAUCUUCCUGAAGGGCAACUGUGCUGCCGAAGAGAAGAUCUGGGAGUUCCUGAGUAAAAUGAGAGUCUAUGCGGGGAAGAGGCACUUCAUAUUUGGGGAGCCCAAGAAGCUCAUCACCCAAGAUUUGGUGAAGCUCAAGUACCUGGAGUACCGGCAGGUGCCCAACAGCGAUCCUCCACGCUAUGAGUUCCUGUGGGGCCCCAGAGCCCACGCCGAGACCAACAAGAUGAGAGUGCUCGAGUUUUGGGCCAAGAUUAACCAAACAGUCCCAAGUGCCUUCCACCCUUGGUAUGAAGAGGCUUUGAGAGAUGAGCAAGAAAGAGCCGAAGCCACAGUCACACUCCAGGCUGAGACCGAUGCUACGGCCAGUGCAUGUUCCAGGGCAUGUCCAGCAGCUCGACCUAGUGAGGUCGAGCCCGAUCCUUCACAUUGUGACUGA